GUGGGAAAUGGAGUCAAGGCAAAAGUCCAGCCUGAUUUGCAAAGGCUGUGCCAGUGAUUUGAAGGCUGAGGUGUCUCAAAGCAGGACAUGCACAGCUGCUCUUGCCCAGGCUGGUUUUGAGGAGGUUUUGAGUUCCCUGCAGAAAAGCGGGAGAUAUAGUGGCCUCACAGCUCUUCAGGGUGUCCUCUCACAAUUCUCCAUCAUCCACCAUCACCCUGUGCCGUGGAGACCCAAGGCCCAAAGAAGGGGUUUCCUCCAAGCUGCUGCAGUGGCUUGGUAGCACAUUGCUCCUGGUUAUUUGAGGGAACAUGUUGUGGUGACAACAUCUCCUGCCUCACCGGCUUGUCAGUUCAGAGCAUAGCAGACACACCUUGGACACGUUGGCCAAACUCCCCGAGAGGACACUGAGACAGCUGGCUGCAAAAGGCCUGCUAUGCCUCACACAGCUCCUGCCUGAGGCACGGGAUGUGAGAGUGGCACUGGAGCGACACUGGAAGCUGAGGGACCAAACAUUCCAUGCCAUUCCAAUGGGGCACUGUGGCAUGGGGAGCCCUCUGUGAGCCUGAGCGAGGUGCUGGCAAUGCCACUGCCGUGAGGGGCUGGAGCAGGUGAUGCAGCGUCACCAUGGAUGAGGACAGGUGGUUUUGGAAUCUCAUUCGGAAUGAUUUCCAGACUGGGAAGAUUGAUUUCGAGGGUUGCAUGAGGCUGUUUGAAAAAAUGAACAUAAAUUUUGAUGUAGAUCAUUUUAAACAUAUUUUCAAGAAAACCCUUGACAAACACACAGAAGAUAUAAUUAGCAUGGAUGACUUCAGAGCAAUUUAUCGAGCUCUUGUACACAGACCUGAAUAUGAAGAUCUAUUCAAGUCUUACUCAACAGAUGGCAAAAUUCUACCUGAUGGCCAGCUCCUGAAAUUUCUUGUAAAAGAGCAAUUUCAAACUGAAGCUGACGAAGCAACUGCCUUAGAAAUCAUUAUGAAGCAUGAACCCAUUGAUGAAGUGAGAAAGAAAAGGCAGAUGUCAUUUGAAGGAUUCGUAAGGUACAUGAACUCAGAUGAAUGUUCAGUAUUUAAAAUCCAGCACAAGACAGUCUAUCAAGAUAUGACCCAGCCAUUAUGUGACUAUUAUAUUUCAUCUUCUCACAACACCUACUUGUUAUCUGACCAAGUCAUGGGACCCAGUCAUUUAUGGGGAUAUACCAGUGCUCUCUUAAAAGGAUGUCGUUGCCUGGAGGUUGACUGCUGGGAUGGCAACAAUGAACCUAUGGUGUAUCAUGGUCACACUUUAACAAGCAGAAUUCCAUUUCGUUCUGUAAUUCAUGUGAUCGACAAGUAUGCAUUUAUGUCAUCUGCCUAUCCACUCAUACUGUCUUUGGAGAACCACUGCAGCCCUAAACAGCAGGAAGCAAUGGCAGACUGCCUGAAAAGUAUUCUAGGUGAAAAACUUCUUUCUUUACCACUUGGUGGUGAUGUAAAUAUGACUCGACUGCCUUCUCCUGAGGCAUUAAAAUUCAAAGUUCUGAUAAAAAAUAAGAAAGUUGGAACGAUUGAGGAAAGCCUGAUGAGGGUGGACGAGGACUGCCAUGGUGAGGUGGAGGAAAUCUCUGACUCUGACGCCCAGUCUGACGACGAGGACAGCGACGACACCGUCCCUGCUCGGCUAGCCAGGUCUCCCAGCAAGAGAAAAGGGGCAAGUCCUCACUCUUCAGUCCCACCUCAUAAAAGAACCAAGGUGAGGAGGGUGAAGAUUGCCCUUGUAUUGUCAGACCUUGUGAUUUAUACCAAAUCACAAACUUUUGUGAGCUUUGACCAUUCUCUGCAGCAUCAGCAAUGCUAUGAAAAUAAUUCAAUUGGAGAGGUUGUAGCACGAAAACUUGCAAAAACUUCAGUUAAAGAGUUUAUUUCACAUACUACAAGAUUUAUUACAAGAAUUUUCCCCAAGGGAUCAAGAGCGAGCUCUUCAAAUUAUAGUCCUCAAGAUUUCUGGAAUAUAGGGUGUCAAAUGGUGGCCUUAAACUUCCAGACACGGGGAUUACCAAUGGAAUUGCAAGAUGGAAAAUUCCUGGACAAUGGUGCUUGUGGCUAUGUGCUGAAACCUGAAUUCUUGAGGGAUUGCAAUACCUCGUUUACACCCCGAAAUGUGGGAGGAUACAGCAAACCAAUGUCUCUGUCAAUAAGGCUGAUCAGUGGCCAUCAGUUACCACCUAGCAGUUUGUCAAAGACCAACAAAGCUGACCCCAUUGUGCAGAUAGAAAUCUAUGGUGUGCCAGAGGAUCAAACAAGAAAGAAAUCCAGUGUUGCAAGAAGCAACGCUUUGUGCCCUAAAUGGAAUGAAAUGUUCAAUUUUACCAUCCAAGUUCCAGAGCUGGCAUUGAUACGCUUCUGUGUGGAGGAUGAGAUCUCUCUGGUUAACAGGGAAUUCCUGGGCCAGUACACCUUACCUGUGAUGUGCCUGAAUACAGGUUACCGUAACGUUCCCCUCCUAUCCAAAGAUGGUGCCAGGAUGGAGCCUGCAUCGCUCUUUGUUCAUGUCUGGUACUAUUAGGGAUGUUCUGCAGAAGAAAUGGUUCUGGGGGAUUGUCCCCUGCUUCAAUAAAGUAGCAUUUCUGGCUUUGUAACAGCCCAAUGGCCUGAUUGCCAGAGUGGCACAUUCUCAAUGAUUUUAUAGAGCCAGAGGGACUUUUCUGGAAGGGGUAUGCUGAAUAAAGCCUACUGUCCUUGGCCCUACUGUGGUUU